GAGAAAACACCAAAUCGUCUUCCGAUCUUUAUCGCCACCGAAAACCGAGAAAAAACCAUGUCGGAGCCGUACAAGAGUGCGAAAUCCGGCAGGUUGAUCUUCAAGGGCGGUGAUCUCGCCGCCGUGAAAUCCAUCGACAAGAAGAAGAAGAAGAAGAAGUCGAAGAAGCACGAGGACGGUGAUGCCGGCGAGGAGAAGAACGUCCAGAGCUUUAACGAUGGCGGCGUUGUCGCUGAAGGUGGCCCUUCCGAUCUUUACACCAUCGACGCUGCGAAGAAGAUGAAGUAUGAGGAGUUGUUCCCCGUUGAGACCAUGAAGUUUGGGUACGACCCCGCCAACAAAUCUCGCUCUGGCGCUCGAUCCGUUGAGGAGGCUCUUGAUGAUCGUGUUAAGAAGAAGGCUGAUCGAUACUGCAAGUGAUCAGUGAUCCACUUCUAGGGCAUGACGCUGCAAAUUAUUGCCGACUGGAAUGUUCAUUCUCUGGCCAGACUAAAUGAAGCAACGGUGAUCUCGACUUUGGACUUGUGAGUUAUUUAUGCAGAGAUGCCUCUACUGUUAUUUCUACCUCUUCUUCUACAUAGACUGAGUCAAAAGCUGUAGUUUUAUAUGUUGACAACUGAGAUUGAUGACAUUAAUCUGCUCUCAAAUUUCUGUAUGAUAAACAUAAAUACAAAUUUGAUUGAACGUUCAUAGUGUU